AUGAUAGAGGGUAGCUUAGGGACACUAGGGAUGAAGCAGCACCAUGAAGAAUUGCCAAAAUUGAGAGUUGGUGAAAAUAAAACUAAUAUGAAAAAUUUAUUAAGAAUUAUUGCAAAUCAAAAGUCAUUUUGGAGAAUUUUUGAAUUUUUACUAUGAAUUUUUUGUCCUGAACUUUUCUAUUUCACUUUUAUUUUAUAUUAA